GACGAAGGCAGCGGAGAGAAAAAACGGACGGCGCCCGGCUGUUUGCCUCCAUCGUGGUGCAAGGCGCAAAGCGCAGCGGAGAGCGAGGAGAGAGCUAGCGGUUCCCAAGUGUCUUAGUUUUUUGUAACCAUGGUGGGAGAAGACAAUAUAUCUCUAAGAAAUCGCCGAGCUACAUAUGGCACUGCAGAAGAGAAAGAUGACUUACCCAGCAGGCUGGAAGAGGACUGGUCAUUCUCUAAAUCAACCAAUGGUCGAAUUGAUGUUGAUCAUGCAAUAACAAGAAAGAUGCGACUCUUAGCAGAAGCAGAGCAGUUGAAGCCAGCAUUCAUGAAGGGCGUGGAGAAGCAUUUUACUGAAGUUGUCAAUAGUUUGGUUGCAAAUUCGGUGCUGCUGGAAUCUUCCCCAACUGCUUUUCCAGAGAAAGACAGUCACAAAAUUAAGGGAACAAGAGCCCCUCCAGAACAUGGAAAAGUUUUUAUUCCCAGAAAGUCUCUCUUGGAUGAGUUAUUUGAAGUGAAUCACAUCCGGACCAUCUACCACAUGUUUAUUGCUCUCCUCGUGUUGUUCAUCCUCAGCACACUUGUAGUGGACUUCAUUGACGAGGGAAGGCUUGUGCUAGAAUUUGAUUUCCUCGUUUACUCUUUUGGCAAAAUUUCCAUCGUCGUUCCAACUUGGCUUUGCAUGUUCCUCUCCACGUUACUUGUGCCCUACGCCCUCUUUGUCCAGUGGGCCCAGGGGUUCCAUAACUCCUCCCACAAGAUCAUCCGUUCUACUUUAUUUGGGGCACUGUUUGUGAUUUUCCAAACAGUUUGUCUUGGAUUUGGACCAACUUACAUUGUAUUGGCUUAUGAUCUACCGCCAGCCUCUCGUUUUAUAAUUAUACUCGAACAGAUACGUUUUGUGAUGAAAGCUCACUCUUUUGUCAGGGAGAAUGUUCCCCGAAUAAUCUCUGCUACUCCUCAAAAGUCAAAUUCUAUUCACCUUCCUAAAGUUUCCCAGUAUCUGUAUUUUCUUUUUGCUCCCACUCUUAUUUACCGAGAUGAAUAUCCCAGAACGCCCACAAUAAGAUGGAGCUAUUUGGCUACCAAGAUUGCACAGAUUCUUGGUUCAUUGUUCUAUGCUUACUACAUAUUUGUAAGACUCUGUAUUCCAACGUAUCGGAAUUACAGCCUGGGACACUUCAGUCUACGAGGACUAGUUCUUUGCAUCUUCAACUCUAUUCUUCCAGGUGUAUUGAUUCUGUUCCUGACCUUCUUCGCAUUCCUUCAUUGCUGGCUUAAUGCUUUUGCUGAGGUGCUCCGUUUCGCUGACAGAAUGUUUUAUCAGGACUGGUGGAAUUCUACAUCUUUUUCAAACUAUUACCGAACCUGGAAUAUCGUAGUACACGAUUGGUUGUAUUACUAUGCCUACAGAGAUUUCCUUUGGUUCUUUGGAAAAAAAUUCAAAGCAGUUGCUAUGCUGUCAGUUUUCAUCGUUUCUGCUGCAGUACAUGAAUAUACCCUGGCGAUUUGCUUGGGUUACCUGUAUCCAGUCAUGUUCUCCUUGUUCCUGUGUUUUGGAAUGGUUUUCAACUUCAUUCUCCAUGACCGGCGGAAAAACCCCAUUUUUAACAUCAUCAUGUGGGCGUCCCUCUUCCUUGGCCAAGGUGUCCUUAUUUGCCUUUAUGGGCAAGAGUUAUAUGCCCGUCAGUACUGUCCCAGGGAAAAUCCAACUUUCCUGGAUUAUGUGAAACCACGUUCUUGGUCUUGCCCCCUUAAGAUAUGAAGACCUCUGGGAGUUAUCAUUAGAACCGAGAUCAGAAGAUGCUCUUUAGUCAAACGAUAACAAAUUGGGUCCAAUGAUGUAAAUGUGUUGAGCCUUUUUUUAAAAAGGAAAUUGUAUGUAUUUCUGGAAAAUGAUGGCAUUUUGGCGCACUAGGCAGCUAAACCUGUAACAAGGCCCAAUAGAUUAUUCUCAUUCUUAGCUAUUCCAAUAUGAGCCAUUUCCAUGCUGGUCAUGAAAUCUGUUAAAAGGUUAGUGAAGAAAUUUCUAGUUGUUUUGCUUAUUGCAAAUAGUUCUCUGUGUACUAUUCCUUUUUACCCAUUGUUUCCUUAAAAAAAUAAUAUUGUGUGAUCUAGAUAAUAGUGACUAUUUGCAUAACUCUUCUAUCAGAAUCACACUUGAAAUGGGACAUUUGUACAGUAUUUGUACUGCAGAACGAAUAGGCCAGCUGCUACUUUUGUCCAGAACCUGAGGGGGAAAAAAACAGAUAUGGGUUAGGGGGGGAAAAAAUAAAGAACAGUUAAGGUACCUUUACAAUUUAUUUUAUUUCUUAAACCAUAUCAUAAAGGAUUGCUGAAAUAUGUUACUGAGAGCCCUCUUUGGUGAUGAAUCAAAGAUAUCCCUCCCUUGUAAGUGAAUGUAUUAAUACCUGGUUUCAGAUCACCUGCCACAAGGGGGCUUCUCCCCUAAUAGUAAUAAUAUAAAUAUGUGAUUUCUAUGGAUGCAGCCGUCCAACGGAUAUUAGUAGAAAUUGUAAUUUGGCCUCGGGUAAAUAAAAGUUGGGCAUGAUCCAACACUGCUUUUGAAGGGUAAAAUUAUUGCCUGUACGAAUAGUGUAUUGUGAAAAAUGUGUCUAACGUUUUGCUUUGACAUCUUUCAGUAUUUUUCUUUCAAAUUAAAGUAAGCCCAGUGUUAUUGACUGUACCACCGUCUAGUACUUCCCUUGAUGCCUAGUUUCUUAAUAAUCUGACAACACAAGAGUGGCCAUUUAUUACCAGGUUCAUUUAUCUUUUAGUUUUUGAACUGUUAAUAGAAGAACAUGUUAAGUACUAAACUUGUUGUAAAUUACAUGGCAAGCUUAUAGCAAAGUUAUCAGAGGCAGCCUUGUGGGUUCCAUUAACAUUCAGACUAGGAACAGUUUCUGUACUGAUGAUGUGUUCUAUUGAAGAUCACAGAAUUUAAAACGAAAUGCGUUUAAAACUUUCCUUCUCUCUUUAGUUUAAGACCAAUUUAAAUGUGAUAUUAUUAACCCAGUAUUGUAUGAUACUUUUUUUCCCCAAAAAGAGGUUGCCAUUUAAGACCAAUUUAAAUGUGAUAUUAUUAACCCAGUUAACAAUUGUAUGAUACUUUUUUUAAAAAGAGGUUGCCAUAAAAGGUAUAUUUUAUACUACCUUCUCUUCCUUGUUAUGAUCUUAGUUCAAAGAAUUUGGAAGUGAAGCUCUCUUUGUUUGCAAUCAUAGACAGUUUUCCCCCCCUAUCAAUAAAAAUUCAUUCAGCCAGCAAAUGUAGUUUCAUGCAUUAGAUUUCUGUGAGCUAGUCUUUCUCAACUAUGAGCAUAAUAUCUUCAGUAUUAAAUUAUUUACAAACAUUAUUAGUAUGUGAUCAUAUGCCCAUUAUUUUUGUGGUCAUAUGCCCAUUAUUAUUACAUUUAUUGAUGACCACUGCAGUGAUACAAAUCAUAAUUAGCAUUGAAGAACUGAGAAAAAAACCAUUGAUUUGGAAAACUUCAGCGUCCUGUUUAAAAUAGCAGUUUGCUCAGUAACAUUCCUUUGAAAGUAAUAACGGGAUGGAUUAGGUAUGGAACACCCUGAGACAUGUUUUUGCCAAUGUGACACAUAAUCACUACGUUGGUAGCUGACAGUUAAUACCCUACAAGGGCUGAUAUAUAGCCUGUGGAUAAAUAUUAGAGAACUCUGUUUCACUAGUCAAUGUGAACUAUUCAUAAGGCAUUGGGGCUGUGACUCAAUUAAAUAAAAUAGUUGGAGAUGGGGAAAAUAAAUACAGUCUAUAUAUAUAUUUCAGAAUUGAGUCAUGGUUCUCUAGUGCAUUAUAGAUACUGAUUGUUUUUUUCUCUUUGUUUUGUCUAAUUUUGUCAAACUGAACUCAUACUGCAUUUGUUUCCUGUAGUAUAACUUUAAUUACUUAACUGAAAUGAUUUAAUCUAACCACAGAGCACCAGAGUUAAUCUUUUUUUCCAGGAUAAAAGUAGCUUGAUAUAUAUUAAAAGGGCAACUGGAAGAUUUUCAUUCUGCAGAUAUAUUUUAAAUACCCUUUGAUUUCUGAAAAUUAAACAGACACGUUUCAAUACUAUGUUGUUGUUUUUUUUAAAAAAAAUUAGAAGAAGACAAGCUGAAGGAAACCUUGGAAGAUUU